AUGGAACAAGUAAAUAUGGAUGAAGUUGAUGUGUUGACGCGUUUGCUUCGUAAGCUAAACGCAGCAAAUGUGAGUCCGGAAGAACGUCAGCGACUUCAGGCACAAAUUGAAGAAAUUAUGAGACAGGAGUCCGAUCCAUUUGAAACAAGUGGCGACGUAGAAGAUGAUGAAUAUUUUCCAGAUGAAGAUGACUUCGGUGAAGCAUCAGAUAUAGAACAGGAAAUCGAGUUAGAGGCUGUUCUGGCUGAAAACCACGAUGAUAUUGAGGAUUUGUAUAGAGAAGCUAUCGCCCUUGAGGCUUCAACUACAAUGGAAUCAUGCAGCACAUCUAUUACCCAGGGCCUUAUAUACAGUAUAAUUUAUACUGGAAAACCACCAGGUGGCCAGCGAGAAACGAAUCAAGGUGAACGGGUCGUCAUGAAAUUGAUGCAAAAUUAUAUGGACAGCGGUAGGACUGUUUAUGCUGACAAUUUUUUUUCAACAUACAACUUGGCAGAAAUGUUGAUGAAUCGUAGAGUGGCUUUUGUCGGUACCGUAAGAAAAAAUAAGACCUUCAUUCCGCAUGAAUUGCUUAACCCGAAGCGUGAUGUUAAAAGCACUUUAUUUUGUUAUCACAAUAAUAAUAUCGGUCUGUGCUCGUAUAUGGCAAAGCCGAAAAAGCCAGUAAUUAUGUUAUCCACUGCCCAUUACCGUCAAAGCACCGAUCCAUUGAAAGGAUUCAAGCCAGAUCAAAUUUUGGACUACAAUAAAUUUAAAGCGGGGGUAGCUACAAUGGAUCAAAUGUUGACUGGCUAUUCGUGCAAACGCUCGACAAACCGUUGGCCACUGGCAAUGUUUUAUAAUAUGCUGGAUAUUGCCGGUUUGGCCUCAUUCAUCAUCUAUGACGAGCUGAAUCCGGCAAAGCAGAGUGAUAAGAGGCGCUCAUUUAUCAUUGAAUUGGCACGGCAGCUAGUUAUUCCACAUAUGACGAAACGGGCGACUAACCCCUUAGUAUGGAGGUUUGCUCAUAUAAGACAAGCAAUGAAUCUUUUCAAUAUCAAGGUACCGGAAUCUUGUCCAUCGACAUCAGAUGCAACACAGCAACAAUCAUAUGCUCAAGUUGCUUCAAAACGGUCAUCGUGCUACCAUUGUGCUGCUUCUUCUUCGAAAAAGCGACGUAAAACUCGUUAUAACUGCAGCAAAUGUAAUCGACCCAUAUGUCUUAAUGAACAUUCCAUGCAACUAUAUAGUUGUAAACCCAAUUUCCCUUCAUAAUUAAUACUAAUCCGUUCAAAUAAAUAAAUAAAAUUAUUUUUAAAACCGUA